AUGGCUCGUGCAGCGGUCUCCCUCAGCCUCUUCACUCUGGUCCUUACAAACUUGCACCUGUCGAGAGCCAACGACCGGCAUGCAGUGUACUGGAACAGCUCAAACCUCCUGCUUCGGAGGGAGGGCUACACGGUGCAGGUCAGCGUCAACGACUACCUGGACAUCUAUUGCCCGCAUUAUAACAGCAGCCAGCGGGGGACACUAGAGCGCACAGUGGCCGAGCAGUACAUCCUCUACAUGGUGAGCUACAGAGGCUACCGCACAUGUGACCCCGGCCUCGGCUUCAAACGCUGGGAGUGUAACCGGCCCCACGCCCCCCACGCCCCCAUCAAGUUCUCCGAGAAGUUCCAGAGAUACAGCGCCUUCUCUCUGGGCUACGAGUUCAACGUGGGACAGGAGUACUACUACAUCUCCACGCCCACUCAUCACCAUGGCCACAGCUGCCUGAGACUGAGGGUGUACGUCUGCUGCUCCACUGUUUCUCAGUCCGACGAUGACUCCAGUCAGACUUCUCCUGACUACACAGACCGGCCUCACAUCAAAAUACACAACCUCGAUGAAUACAACCCUGAAGUCCCCAAACUGGAGAAGAGUGUGAGCGGCAGCAGUCCGUCCCGGGACCGCCUCCUCCUCACCAUGGCGACGCUGCUGGUCUCCUCGCUGCUGUUGUCCUAG